AUGAUUGAAACAAUAAAGAUAUUGGAUUAUUUAGUAUCGAAAUCAAUCAUUCAACAAACAACAAUAUCGAGAAUUAUUCAUACAUCUUCUGUGCCUGAAGAUCGAAAUCGUGCUCUAUUGAACUUUCUACUGACAUGUUCGGAAAAAGUUUAUUAUUCAUUUAUUGAAGCAUUAUAUUUAUCUGGAAAUCAUUCGUUAGUUAAACUAUUAGAACCAAAUUUUCAUACAAAAAAUGUAACAACUCAAUUGAAUGAUGAACAUGACAUUAUUCAUCGAUCAGUAAAUAUAAUGCAACAAAAUUUAACAACGACAACUAUUAAUGAAGGCGAGACUAGUUUUCGAAAUUUGCAUGUCGUUGUAAACGAAAUAUCAGAAGAAACUGAAUCAUCUAGUCAAGUGGAUGAUAUAGAUUUUCAGAAAGAAUUACCAAUGGGUUUUUUAGUGCGGUUAUUAUUGCCUGACGUCAUUGAACAAUAUCCAUAUCUCAAUCCAUCAAAACGAAAAAAUCGAUGUUAUCGUAUGACAAAUAAUCCACGUGGUCAAUGUUUAUUGAUCAACAAUGUAGAAGAUUUUAAAACAAUGGAAAAACGAUAUGGUUCGGACUUUGAUGCAAGUAAACUUAAAAGUCUUUUUCAACAAAUGGGAUUUAACGUGAUUGUACGACGUAAUUUGAAAUCUCUGGAAAUGGAAUCUAUUUUAAAUGAAUUUGCCAAAUCACUUGAUCAGGAUCCAGGUGAUUGCUCUAUUGUCAUUAUUUUGAGCCAUGGAGGAAAUGGUCGUAUUUAUGGUGUUGAUGAACGUUAUUUGGAUAUUGAUAGACAAAUUAUUAAUGUAUUUGAUGAUCAUUUCAUUGGAAAACCAAAAAUUUUUAUUUUUCAAGCUUGUCGUGGUGGUCAAUGUAAUUAUCGUUCUGAUGUACAAACAAAAUCAAGUGGUCUUCCCGAUAGUAUCGUUGAUCAAUCGGUAUCAUCCAGAAUGAUGAGUGAUCACUCACAUAUUAGAAAAGUUGCCAAGCGAAGCGAUAUGGUCAUUUGGCAUUCAACAAUAAAAGAUUAUGUUUCCUGGCGUCUUGCAGAUGAGGGAAGCAUUUUUAUUCAAACAUUGAUAACGGUAUUUGCUACAGCAUCUUGGUGUUAUGAUCUUGCUAAAAUGGCUGGAUGUAAGAUCCAACAACCACCACACUCUCUUCCACACCCACACGGCAACAAAUCAAGGUCAAUUAGUCGAUAUUUUCUUGGUGCACGAGGCAAACGUUAUAGCGUAGAUAAUAAUGAUACAGUAGACAUUAAACGUUAUAUAACUCAAGCAGGAAUUGACGUUGAACAAUGGAUAGGACUUAAUUUAUUUCGGGAUGAUACUGUAUGGCGAAGGUAUUUGAUAAUUAGUAAACAAGAGCUUUUUGUAGGAAAACUAAGAAAUAUUACUUUUAAAAUAAAACAUCGUAUCGAAUUAUCUCGUCUAUGGUUAAGUGAAGAUAUUCAAAAUCCAGAUGGUACACCAUCAUCAGCCGCACUAUCCAUAACAACAUUAGCAUUUUAUGAUAUGCAAAAAACAAUAAUUAUCGGUUGGCCAAUAAUUAAUUAUGUAGCCGAAUUUGAUACAAAACAAACAAAAGAUUUAUGGUUUCAAACAUUAAAUUCAUUUUUACAAUUAUCAUGGCAAUUGAACAAUUAUUUAAUUGAACGUUGUCGUAUUGUCGUCGUUCGAAAUUAUGAACAAGAUCAAAAUAAUAGUUCAACGUCAGUUUUAAUUCGAAAAAUUAUCGGUAUAUCACCUAGUGAAACCACUCGUGAUGUCAUUCAGAAAUGUAUCGAUGCUUUUCACCUUGAAGAUCUAGUUAUUGAUAAUUAUGUUUUAUUAGUAAAUUGUAUUAGUACCACAAAUAAUCACCAUAAUGGAACGAUGAAUUCUAUAACAUCAAAUUCUAUACCGUUAAUUGGACAUGAAUAUCCGUAUGCAAUAAAAAUGAAACAUCUUAAAUCAACAUCAUUUGAAGAUGAUUAUUCGAGUCAUGGGAGUAACAAUAAUCUAAUUUCUAGUAACGAAAAAUCAUUAACAAGUAGUAGUGUUGUCACAACAACAUCACAAAACAAUAUAUUAGCAGCACAUGAUUUUGAACUUCGUAAACGCGAUAUGACAGAUGGUCAAACUAAAAAACAUCGAUUUUUUCCAAAACGAAAAACUCAUCCAAAAGAAUUAUAUCCAAAACAACAAUUUGUCGAUGAUUAUGUGUCAUCUUCAGCAUCGACACCUACUAUAAAGCAUUCAUUAUUUGGUCAACCAUUAGAACAACUUGUCUUAUCGAAUAAUAACGAGUUACCAAACAUUAUUAUGCAUUUAUUAGAACUUUUAUACAAUAAAGGACCAGAUACAACCGGAAUAUUUCGAAAAGUAGCUAAUUCUAGAUCAGUCAAAGAAUGUAUUGAUAAAAUUGAACGAAAUGUUCCGAUCGACGAUAAUGAACUCCAUCCCAUUCUUGCAGCCGGACUAUUUAAACAUUUUCUUCGAACGUUGCCUCAACCAGUGUUCAAUUCAGAUCAAUAUGAUAAUUGGAAAAAGUGUUUACGUUUGACACAACAAGAAAAAAUACCCUAUGCUAAAAAAUGGAUCCUUUCAUCAAUGCCAAAUGCAAAUUAUAUAUUAUUGAAAGGUUUCAUAAGCGUCCUACAACGUAUAGCCCAUUUUUCUGACACAAAUGGUAUGACACCAUUUAAUUUGGGUUUAUGUGUGAGUAAUAGUCUGUUCAAAACUGAAUCAACAACGAUUACAAGAGGAAAGCAAGAAGCCGAUGUUAUGUCAUCGAUAGUUGAAUUUCUCAUACAUAAUUGUGUUAUUCUAUUCGGUAACGAUAUUCUAACGUGUAUUCAAGAUAAACGAUUUAUUAUUAAUCAACAACAUAAUCAUCAUAAUCAAGAAGAUUUGUCGAAUCAAGCUCCUCCAACAGCAUCUUCAAUCGAAAGUUUGGAUGAAGUUGAAUCAUCUCCCUAUUUACCAGUGGUAAAUCGUUCACGUGAUUCUGGUUUAGCAGCUAGUGAUCAACCAUUCAAUGAUGAUAGUAGUGAAAUAUCCGAACAUAUUUUAAGAACAACAAAUCCAUUAGUGAAUAAUCGUGCAACACGAUAUGAUACAUUUCAACGAAUGAAAAAUUUUAACGAACAAAAACGUCAUCAACCACCAAUAUCUACUACUAAUGGAUUUUAUCCCACUGAUUCAAAAUUGAAAGAUGUUCAUAUUAGUUUAUUUAAUUCGGAUAAAAAGAGUGAAUCUGUUAAUUUAUCAUUACCUAGUAGUGAUGAAAAUAAUAAACUCGAUUGGACUCCAUGCAUAGUAUCUGGUAACGGAUGUGUACUGAAUAGUCUAAAUAUUGUAACAAAUAAUAAUAAUAAUAAUAAUAAUAAUAAUAAUAUUAACAUGAACAAUUCGAAUGCGAGUGUUGUUCGACGUCGUAGUUCAAAAUCAAAAUAUUUUUAUAAACCAUCGAAUAAAUUUUUGGAACGUGAAAAAUUAACAAAAAUAAAUAUGAGUACAUCAGAUGAAUCUGAUAAUAAUAAUAAUACGACAACAACGACGACAACGACCACAUUAAACGCAAAUGAAUCAUUGUGUAGUACACGUUCAUCAACUACAACAAAAUUAAAACGUUCAAAAUCAUUAUCGAGACAUUCUUCAUUAGGAAGUGCCGAGUAUCAAUUACAACAACAAAAUAAAAAAACAAAUAUGACGACGAACGUAAAUGAUGUAAAACGUACAUCAUCAUUGAAACAAUUUUAUUAUCGCCGUUCACUGAGUAGUGACGAUGCAGACGAAGACGAAAAUAAUGAUGAUGUAUCAGAUCGAGAAAAAAUAGUAAAACAAUAUGAUAUUGAUGAAAUUUCAAAAACACCAACCGAACAGUAUGUAACAACAGCAAACGAUCAUCGUAUACGUCUAAAAAUGUCACGAAUGGAUGUUGGUGAUAAAGAAAGCGAUCAAGAUGGUGAACAUUUUUUACUGACUAGGUCGACAUAUAAUGAACAACAAAACAAGAUCUUAAAAUAUCAACAACAGUUAUACUCAGUUCAACCACAAAAUAUUGAUUUAAAAGUUAAUUUAAAAUCCAAAGAGCAGGACACAUCGUCAUCAGAAUCAAAUUUAGACUUGACUAGAGAACCCUUAAUAUCAAUGUAUAAACGUUUAAAAUCGCCACCACUUGUACAAGUACCUUCGUUAUCAUUCGACAAUGAAAAACAGCAGCUAAAACAAAUAACACCGACACGUUCAGCAUCAUUUUCAUUGCGAAAAUCGGAUCCAAAUAUUACAUUACCUAUAACAACAACAAUGACAAAAACUCCAGGAACAAUAAACAAUCAACUUUAUUUUGAAAAAUCAAAAUUAGAUGUCCCUGAUUCGAACCCACGUUCAAAUUCCUUUUAUUCUCGACCAUCAAAUAAUAAUAAUGACGGUCGAUCACGUCAUUUUGGUCCACUAACGGCAACAAAUCAAGUUUAUGUAAUGUCAACAAACAGAAAUAUAUCACAACCAACAUCGUCCUCAUCCUUAUUCAUGGCAACAUCACCGCCCUAUCCAUCGUCUUAUGAAACUAUACCUUCGACUUCUUCACAUGAUCGACUUAUGUUACAUUCUCAACCACCUAAUUACUUUAGCCGAUUAUCACAACAACAGACAAAUCCAUUGCCAGUUUCGGGCUUACCAAUUAAAUCUUCAUCAUUCGAUUCAGAUACGAAUACAAGUAACGAUAUUCUUCCUUGUCGCACAUUUGUUCAUUGUGGUCCACCAUCAUCCUCAUCAAAUUCUUCAUAUUUACGUCGAAUGCCUGCGUCAGCAUCUUCAUUUCAACCCAUUGAUCAAUCACAACAUCAGACUGUUAAACGUUCAUCAAUGUAUGUUGUAUCAGUUAAUCAAAAAAAUAAUAAUAAUCAACAAUCGUCGCCUCAAGUUGUCCUAAAUACGUCUGUUCAUGUCAAACCAUCAGAUUUAACUCCGACAAAUUCAUUUCAUAAUGAAGAACAUCAUCAAUCAGAAGCACAAUCUUAUUGUACAUCGAGAAGACGACCAUGUCAUAGACAAAAUGCAUUGAGAUAUAAAUCAAUUGAUAAUGAAAAUCAAAAUAUUGAACAUUCUCCUCGUUCUCAAACACCACGUAACGAUGAACGUGAUUUGGAUAUAAGGAGAAUAUCACGUUCUUCUAUUCGAACGAGUGAUCAUCUACAAUUACCAUUAUCUCCCACAACAACAUCGUCCACUACUACCACAAAUCGCAUUUAUUCUAGUGAUAAUGAUUAUUCGUAUAUGUCACGUUAUCAAUCGAUUGAACGACGAUCAAAACAAUCACCAUCAUUCGAUGAUGAAUUAAAAGAAAUAUCAUGGAGUGUUAAAGAAAAAGCAAAAUUAUUUGAAAAACAAAAACCACAUUCUCAAACUUCAAGAACUCAUCAACAGCAGAAAUUUUCAACUGGAAGAGAAAAUUAUGUGUGA